UCUGACACAGCUCAUUCUCCUCGCGCAGAAGCACGACGGCGGUCGGCUGGUCUGAAGCAAGAAGCGGGAGCGUCAGCUUGAGCUAGGCGAGCCAAGUCGUUACGCUGUGGCUGGUCCGUGUCGUGAUGACGCGGGCGACUGUGCUACUACUGCUGGCGGGCCUGCAGCUAGCCCGCACUGACGUCCGUCAGAAACGCCAAGCCAUCUCGUUCGGAGGCGGCUUUGCGCAGAACCGACCGCCGCCGGAGACAUGCAAGGACUAUGACCUACGCGAUGGCGUCUGUGACGUCAUCAGCAACUGUCCGGCGCUGCUGCAGCUCGUGCAGAGGAGGACUCCGCAGGACAUCUCUAACGUGCGCAAAAGCGUCUGCGGUACCCGGUUCAUCAACUUUCGACCCGUGACCCUGGUGUGCUGCGCCACGGGGUCCCAGCCGCCUACCCAGCCGCCUACCCGGCCGCCUACCCGGCCACCCACCGAGCCGCCUACACGGCCGCCCACCGAGCCGCCCACACGGCCGCCUACUCAGCCGCCAACCGAGCCUCCCACCCGACCACCGACAAGCGGCGGCUUCAGCGGCGCGCCUGAGGACCACCCCAACCGGCGCCUACUGCCCUCCUCCUGCGGUUUCAGCUUCACAACGAAAAUCGUCGGUGGAGUGGAAGUGGCGCUGGGCGAGUUUCCAUGGCUGGCCAUCCUCGGUUAUGAAGUGCAGGGGACUGACGAGGUGGACUUCAACUGCGGCGGCGCCGUCAUCAACGACCGUUACGUCGUGACGGCUGCUCACUGCGUCACCGACCUGCCGGCCGGCUUCAGACUGGCGACGGUGCGCGUUGGCGAACACGACCUCACCAAGGACACAGACUGCGUUGGUAGCGAUUGCGCGGGCCCGGUGCAAGACUUCCAGAUCGAAGAAAUCAUCUCGCACAAGGAAUACAACUCGCCAAAUCGCUUCUGGAAUGACAUUGCACUGCUUCGCCUGAACAAGCCCAUCAACAAGCAGUUGUCAACGUUCGUCGACUCGAUAUGCCUGCCGUUUGACAGCUUUAGGACGCAAUCUUUAGAUGACCAGAGGCUUUAUGUCGCUGGCUUUGGUCUGACAUCAGCAUUCGGCGACUCCAGCGAAGUGCUGAUGAAGGUGCAGGUGCCGACGGUGGACGACGAUCAGUGUGCGGCCGUGUUCCGGCGCCAGCGGGCCGUCAUCGGGCCGGGCCAGAUGUGUGCCGGAGCCGAGAAGGGCCGUGACUCGUGCUCGGGCGACUCGGGCGGCCCGCUGAUGGCAGCCGACCGCACCACCGGGCCGCCCUACCAACUCAUGGGCGUCGUAUCGUUCGGCGUCACACGCUGCGGCACCGAAGGCGUGCCGGGGGUGUACACGCGCGUCACAGGAUACCUCAACUGGAUCAUGGAUCACAUGCGUGACUAGCGGAGUGGUAGCGUGUGUGUCCGCGCCAGGCAGGCGGGGCCGUGCGGGUCUGACCAAGCCGUGGUAGAAUGGUCCACCAUGUUCGACAUGUCGCGUCGAGUCGUCUGCUUGCUCGAUUUUAUAGCUUUUCUCUGUUGGGCGUUCUGUUCAUAAGCAACGCUGCUCGCAUGUGAGUCGGGCAUGGAAUUCUCUAGGCGCUUAUUUAACAGGGGUAAACCGUACGACGGGUCCUUUUUAUGAGACUUUCCAGGAUGGGUUACAUAAACUGAUGUUUAAAUAUUAUGCUGCUGACUCGAGUCUUGAUAAAUGGUUUUCUCGCAUGUUUGCAAGUUUAAAUAAGACCUACGCCGUUUUACAAAUCAACUCGAUCCUGCCAUCAUUCGUAAUAAAUGAUU